CUCGACUUCCAGUACGAGAACGGCAAUGGGGAUUGGCGGGUAUUUAUACUAGAACUAGACUAGAAGUGCUUUUAUUUUUGUGCUCUCGACGCGCUGCUACUGCCUACUACAAGCAACUACGCACAGCAUGCGCAUGGGCGGUUAUUUCUAUGGCGAUUUAAUUGACAUCAAAACAAAAUCGACUAAAUCUAAAACUAAAACAGCGACCGCAGCUCUACGGCCUCCAACAUGCAUGAGAAUAGCAUCUAUCAAAUGCAAAAAUGUCUGGGUCUGGAGAUUGCGAGAUUUGUCAUGCUGAUCUGGCAUGGCCCUUAAAUCUGUAUUGCGUGGCCACAAACAGCCUCUCUCGCCUGUCAUGCAAAAACGCGGUUUCUCAUGCGGAAUACGCAGCGCAGAAGCACGAAGCAACUUGUCAUGCUUGGCGGCGCAUUACAGUGCGUUUGUUAUUGACUGACUUGCAUCACAAGUUUCCAGACCCAGACAUUUUUGCAUUUCAUAGCAUCAAUUCCGAGCGCACGUCUGUGACUUCAGUGACCUUGAACGGCAGCAUGAAUUUUUCGGAGCGGGGGAAUUAUUGGUCAUCAAAUUCUUCUAUCCUGUGCAAAAGUAUCGUACUCGUAGUAAUUGCGUUUAUGCAUUACAAACCUCUUUGUUAAGGUAAAUCACCAUUACAAAUUCAAUUUGUCAUGCUGGGCUAAUUUGUAAUGCAAUUCCCACUAGUACGAUGCUUUUGCAAUGCAUAUCUUCGCAUCACGCGACAACGUCCUCCGGCAAUCACCACCACAGCCCGCGGAAAUCCGAAGUGCCCGGCGGGGGGACAACGGCCCAGCUGUUUCAUCACUUGCAGCACCAGAAUGAUCACCUGAGCUCGUAUGGCAACAAUCAUAGUACGAACAAAGGACCCCAGCCCACUGCUUCCCAGCGAAACAUCCGGCAUUCGAUGGCAAGAAGAUCCGUGAAUAGCAGGAAAUCAUUGAGGGACGUGAACAGCCAGAUUGCGCCGUUGACAAUGUUGAACAUCAACAAAUUGCUCGGUGUGGGGACCACAAACGCAACCGCUUCUAACGCUUUAGGAACAAAUAUUAACAAGAGUUCCUCUAAAAACGCGCCAGCGGUCGUCGUAAACUCAGCAGAAUUAUGGAUUGCAAAUAAUAUGUCUGGGUCUGGAAACAUGGAACUUGUGAUGCUAGCCCUACGUUCCUGUAAAAUCUGUAUUGCAUGACUAACAAAAAACAGACGCCCUCUUUGUUCGUACAAAAGCGCAGUUUCUACUCAUGCGGACUGGACAAAGGUAGCGUUCUGCAAAAUUGUCAUGAUUGGCUGCAUUGGCAAAUGUUUCAGUCAUCCAUAGUUCAGCAUCACAAGUUUCCACACCCAGACGUUUUUGCAAUGCAUGAGAAUCGAUCUCCGACGAGCCGCAAUCCUCCCGUCAGUCCGCCGCGGAAUCGGAACUGCUGGCGUUUGGUUUGAUAUCAUCUGGCGUCGGUGGAACUACAACUACAACACACGAAGGUGGAAGUGCAGCAGCUACAACAACCUCUGCUCCACCACCAGCACCUCCACCAGCAAUUGAUCACUACGAGCCGGAAGUUCAAACCCUGAAUCUCCAGCCCCGGCGCAAUUCCGUGAUGAUGACGCAGAAACGCAAUAGCAUCAGCGAUUUGGGGGCGAUUUUGGAGACGAAGGUGUUGACCGAGGCUGCCGCAGAAGACGACGGGAGUUGUUCUGGCGGUAGUGCAACCGCGAAUGGAUCAACAUCCGGUGGUUUCAGCGCGCAGCGGCGGAAAACGCUCUCGGCUAGACGAAAAUCAGAGUACAAUGCUUUGGCGUUGCUACCAGAAGACAUCGAGGAGUUAAGUUUUGAUGACGAUGAAGAAGGCACAGCGACGUCCCCAGGUAGCAGGAUCCUGGGGGGCAACAGUACAACCGCAAAUGACCUCAGAAAUAACCGAAAUUCUCGUCGAAUCACUCUCGGCGUCAACGGUUUUAUGUCCUCGCCAAGCCAGAACCAACAGCGGUUUUCUAUCCUGGCAACCUCAGCAAAUAGUACAGCAAGCGGUAAUAACACCAGUGGGAGCAGCAACCUAGGAAAUAAAUCCGGUGCAGCACCAGCGGCUUUUGACAUGCACCUAGCACACGGCCGCGUGGGGGGUCAGCACGAAGGAGGAGCAGAUGGCGACGAAGCAUAUCUGGGAGAGACGGUAUGAGAGUGCACAACUCCCCCUCCCCCUCAUUUGUGUUGCACGAAGAGCAAUACAAACACCGCCACACGUGGAUCCUGUGCAUGACAAAUUUAUGUGCCUCGUGUAGUACUGUUUGGGAUUCCAGAAUUUGUCAUGCAAACAGUGCCACAAGGCAGCGACUGGAUUCGGUAUUUUGCAUGACAAAUGAGAGGGAGGGGGAGUUGUGCCCUGUUAUAGACGCCUGGAGCAGGGCAAAGUAGUUUGAAAGCGCCGCGGAACACCACGACCUUUGGGACAAGUCGGAACUCUAUCAAAUGUAAAAAUGUCUGGGUCUGGAAGAAGGCAACUUGUAAUGCGUAUUUCAGAACACAGAAAAGUCUCUCAUGCAUACGUAGCAAAAGCUGCCCACUUUCUGUCAGCAAAGUAGGAGAUUUGUCAUGCGGAUUCGGCAUUGCGGAAGCUUCUCGAAACCUGUGAUGCUAGAGCUUUCAUGCCAGACCUUCUGUGUCAUGCAAAAACAGCAUGACUCUUCCAGACCCAGACAUUUUUACAUUUGAUAAACUCGUAUGAGAGUGCACAAGAACUACUGCCCUACUUCCUCUGUCAUUUGUACGACAUGAGCAGCAAAAAUACAAACACCACCACAUCAUCAUCACCACCACAUCAGCAUAACAAGAAGUUCACGCCGCGCCAAAUGCACAUAGUGUUUGGGCUGCUUCCGGAAGUUCUGGCCAUGCGAACAGUGACCGCACAAGGCUAUUAAGGCAGCAAAGGGUGACUGGGUCUAAUUUUGCAUGGCAAAAAAUCGCAAAUGACGGGGGAAAAAUGAAAGUUCUUGUGCCCUCUCGUCAUAACUCGAUUUUCACGGGUGGAAGUGCCGUGAACCCGAGGGCUUCGUUCCGCUUAAACGUCCCGUCGAGCCUUUUGAUCCCGAUAUGACAGUGCACAACUCGUCCCCCUCCCCCUCAUUUGAAUGGCAUGUGCAGCAAGACAAACCCCAGCACACGUGGAGCCUGUGCAUGGCAAAUUCAUACGCCUAGUGCAGUACUGUUUGGGCUUCCGGAAUCUGUCAUGCAAAGAGCGCCACAAGGUAGCUUAGCACUUGGACUUGGGGUUUUGCAUUACAAAUGACGGGGAGGGGGAGUUGUGCAGUCUCAUACCCGAAUCAGCCAGUACAGAAGUCUAUGCAUUGCAAAAGUAUCGCACUCGUAAUCGUAUCGGUUGCAGUGGUCAUGCUUGACAAAUCUAAUUCUCUACCUUAGUCAGCGUGACAAAUUUCAUUUUUUCUUCUUGCAAAAAUUUGUGAUGCAAUUUAUACCAGUGCGAUAUUUUAAUUUUUGCAAUGCAUAAAGUCCAACAGCUGUCGCGGAUCCGUCGUGCGAGAGCAGUUUCUAGUGCCAUCGUUUCCCCGCAGCACAGCGCGAAACAGCAUCAUGGGGCCGAUUUCGGCACUGCAGGCAAGCAUGAACCCGGUGGCGCAGCAGCUGGUAUAAUUACUAGCGGCGAUGAUCUCAUUUUUAUUUUUUUUUCCUCCGGCGCUUCAAUCAUUUGCGUUUGAAGUUCAAAGUUGUCAUGCACGAAAAACAAUGCCAAUCGAAUCCACCUCGCUUCUUGAACAUGGUGAUCAAGAUCAUCCAUUUGUGUUGUGUAUAAAACAACAUAGAAAAUUAGUAACCCAAUGCUAUCAGGCCACGACCCGGGAGCACCACGACGAAGCUGCGUCUGCCGCCGGCUCUAUGUCGUUGCAAAAUUUCGGCCUGCAGUCGCACGGGACUUCCUCGACUUACCAAGCGUUUUCCCACACAGCAUCGCAGUACAAUCCGUACGGGAAAAAUUCCAGCCACACUUCGAGUUCAAAAUUAGAGUCGGAACGGGCGGCGCAGUCCCUUUCCCACCAACUGCGGCUACUAAUGUCGAAUACCGCGACUAGCGGAAAAGUUUACUACAAAAACAAGGAAUUCACCUGGAACUGCAGCAAUGGGCUGACGAACGGGGCGAAUUUUCAGAAAAUGAUCAAAAUGCCGAUGAACUUGAUGAAGUCAGCGAGUAACUCGAGUUUAAACUCCGCCUCUGCGUCGCAAUUGCUUGCGCAGCAGGAGAGCUGUGUGAAUCGGGGGCCCGGCGGUUUGCAAUUUCUCGUCGGGGAUCGAUUUGCGAAUGGACAGUUUGAUAAAGAGGAAGACGAGGAGGACGAGGAGGAGGAGCGACGGGAGUUGUUGAUCGAAUUUAUGGAAGAGAUUCUACACCCGGGUUGUGCACCAGCUGGAAAUAGUAACAGCGACGGGACCAUGGAAUUAGAAAUCAAUAACAAACAGCUGCGAAAACUGGAAAGAAAGGUGAAGGCGAAGUGGAAAAGAGAGGAUCUUCAUGCGCAUAAUGAACGAGAAAUAGACCACGAGGAAAAUGAUUCCGAUUCGGACGGCGCUUCGGACUCCGAGAUGAAAUACUCGCCAGGAACAAGCGUAGGGUCUGGUUCGCGGAAAGGAGUAUCAAAGGGAAAAAGACUCCAGUUGUCACCGAAGGAAAGGGAGGAAAGGCUGAACCAGCUGGUCAGGGGGAAUUACAAGAAAGAAUCUUUCCUCUCCGAAUUUGCGACAAAAAUCACGCUAUCAAAGCCGAUGAUAGAGGAGUUGCUUCUGUCGCAAAAGGACCUGGUGUCGCUGUCUCCGACAAACCGAGGGGACAAGAUGUAUUCCAAGAAAAACACUUUUUCACUGUGAACUUGUGAUGCAGAAAAUGCAUCACUGAAGUGUUUGUCUUGCUACACAUGCAAGACAAGAGAUUUUUAGCGGUGUUUUAUUCCCUUAGGAUCCUUGCGUGGCAAGUUUUCUUUGUAGUGUGUAGCGAACUUGUAAUGCAAAAGUUGCAAAAUCCUUACAGUGGAACAGUUUUUUCUUACGAUAAGAUGACGCUUGCAAGCACGUUACUCGAGACGAACAACAGUCCUCGUGGAGGUAACAUGAGUACCGGAACCCGGGGUUUAAAAAACAUUUCGCCCACUUCGCUGGAAAAGCACUACAGGCGGAUAUGAAGUGCAAAAGUACUAUCGUACUAGUCGAAUUGGAAUUUUUCGCAUGACAAACCCUUCCACAUCAAGGAAAGAUGUCAGCAUGACCCUUGUCCACGAAUGUGGGAUGGUGUGCGAUUUUUGGCUCUGGUUGGCUUGUGAUGCUUUUCUUAAGAUUUUUGUCCAAAAAUCUUUGUCUUGCUGUGGUUUCCCACGGCAUGUACGUACACUGAUGCGUGUCCUUACUUGCAUUUUAUCUCGGCGCGCUCAUGCACAGUAGCGUGGUCUUAUUUGCAUUUGUUGCACAACCAUAGGGGUGUACCCAGCACCGCUUUCCUCCCCCUAGAGUACCGGGGACGCCUGCUGAAUAAAAACCUUUCCCUGUUGCAGGAAGGCUGUGGUUUGGCUCCUAGUAGCUGGCCCGCCGAACUUCAGGUGUAAUUCAAUCCUUUUGUAUGAAAAAUACAUCAACUACCAUCUCCACAUACCAAGAUCCGCGAACCUCGUGCACACCUACCAACUACACAACGCAGGACAUGCAGUACAAUUUUUAGCAUCGUUACGCACCUGCUCAGAACCAACGGUCGUCGACAUUCGAACGGUUUUUUAGAACAGCGAGAGCACUGGAGCUAGCUGUUUUCUGGCGGUUAGCAAUAGGGCGGAGGAGAUGGAUAAGAUUAACACGGGGUAAGGGGAGGAGAGAGAAACGAAAACAAAGACAAAACGAGGUCGAGGCAGGAACUACAGCACCGGUAGCCGGUUUGGAGCUGUUCAUGCCGUGAAAACCCUUUUUCCACCGUAGCACCGUCCCAGACAGAGAAUACACGAGCUACAACAACAACGAAGAACCAACCAGACACCACGACGCGAACAAACAACGUGCGCCUUACUACAUCAAUAACAAUAUCAUUAUCCACGUAUUUUUCGCGUGGUUGCUCAUGGUGGAGCCGGCGCCUGUACCCUUGAGCAACCAUCUAAGACGCGGAAAAUAGCGAGCACUCUAACUCCGUUUUUCUCGACCUUCUAUGACACUAGGUUUUCCUCUUCCCCUCCCGUUGCCAGUUCCCUAUGUUGGUGUCGACCUCGCGGUCGUGUUUUGUAUCUUGUUUAGGGUGUCUGGCACAUUUGCAUGCGGGGGCCCUUGCCCUCUGGGAAUGAAAACUUAGCUUGCGCCCUGACGACGCGUCAUAGUGGGCCCUUGUUCUAGGCAUGCUAUGCAUAAGAUCGCCACUUCUUAGAGUGGUAGAGAAAACGGAAUAGAGACGGUACAGGCAGAAGUGGAUCGACCGGUCUAGACAAAGUAACUUAUGCGCGCGUAGAGUAAAGCUUUAUUAUUAAUUUUUUAAAAAAUUACUUUAGCUUUUACUGGGGCUGUGGGAACGAGACCAAGGAGACGAACAAGACCAACAUUUAUUUUUCCACCCUGGUGCCACCUUUAGUAUCAUUAUGGCCUUUCCUUGUCAUGAUCUGUUUCGGCUUCCGGUGUUUGUCAUGCAUUUUCCGCCCAGGCCCGCCCUGGAGCUGUUGUUCGGACUGUCUCCCCGUCCGGUUUCGUUGGCCUUUUGCAUGCUUGUCCUAGGGUUUUGUCUUCACCCGCACACUCUCGUGUUCAGGACACCUUUACUGAUACUACUGGCGCUACCACCUUUUAGGGUGAUUUUCUCGACAUAGGUGGGACUGUGUCUUAGUUGUUGUUUUUCAUCGUUUUUUACUUUUCUUUUAAUCCCUCGGUGCUAGGAAAAGUUUUUGCACAGGGCUAUUUCUAUCCAGAUAUCCACACAGCUGUCGUCGCGGCCGUCCCAGAUGCUGUUGUGCUUGUCUUUCGAUAGAAAUCGCGUUGUCCAAUAAUUUCUUCUAGAGUUUACCGGGUAUGAGGCUACUGUUUGUCGAAGUAAUUUACGAGGGGACGCCCAGCCCUUAGCCUUCCAACAUGACAAACCCCUCCACAUCAAGGAAAGAUGCAAGUUGUCAACGUGCAGGACCAGGUAAAGGUGCAGAGAAGAUGCAAUCUGUCAUGCUAGUAGACUGCAAAAAUUUGUGCGAGUGCGGUAGUAACUUUUGCAAUGCAUAGCGGAAAAAAGUAUACGAUGAAGGGAAAAACAAAGAGGUUGUGAUACAGCGACGAAAAAUCCCCGCUCCCCAUAUUCAAAAGGAAAUUUCUCAUGCGCGAUUUGCGUAAGUACGCAGAUUUUUAACUUGUAUUGCUACAAGGCCACCAGAACGAGAAGCACAUCCGGCCCCCUCGUAAUGGCUUUGCAGGCAAUAGCAAUUACUUGUCAUGCUAUAAUUCCCGGCAGCGCAGUGGCUCCCUGUCAUGCUGAAGACCACACUAGGCUUCAGCACUACACUCCGCGUGUCAUUUCCUCUAUUAUCAUGACACAUUGAUUUUUGGCGACCCUGACCACACCAGGUCCUGCUACACAAGUCUCCGUUUGAGUGUGGGGAGGGCGGAUUUGUUUUCAUCUUCAUACGGGAGUCCGAGGCUUUGGAAGAGUGUCGCUUUGUGAAGGAUUUCAACGACGAAGUUCGGCUUCGGCGAUUAAGUUAGUAGUACCACGAUGACGAACGAUUAAAAGAUUGAUAGAGCGGAUGCUGAUCUGUGAGCUACUGACCAUAUUUUAGUAUAGAACUGUUUGUAUGUUUCGAUGCAUUUACAUUGAGCGCUAGUGCGGAUUCCAAAUAUUUGUGUCAUGUAGAAUGUAUGUGUACCAUCGCAUUAUUAACUAAAACUUCGAGAAGGCAGAAUUGACAUGCAGUCAGUACCACGCAGUGACAAGUAGUCUGAACAACCAUUUUAAUUUUUACUUUCUUUCAAACCAGUAUCAGAAAAUCUUGAAUUCCAUACAGAAAAAUGAAACUGUACGAUGAUCGCACAAACGAAUUCGCUUUCCUCUAUGUAGCUUAUGAUGUUGUAGUAGCACAACAGCUUGAAUAUAAAUAUUAUGACUUCUAGGCAACCCCAAAAUGAAGGAGUUUCGUAUGAAAAU